AUAUUUAGGAUGUUCAUAUCUGUCACUGCCCCCCAAGUCUUGGGUCUGCUCCUCAUUUCCCCGUGGCUGUGAAGGGGAUGCUGGGAACUGUAGUUCACUAAGCAGCCCCUUUAUUUCUCAAGCUGUGAUACUUGCUGUAUAUAUUGUUGGGUGAAAUGAUUUUCGGCCUUUCCGUGGUGACGUGUGUCUCUGUGCAGCAGCAAAGGGGUUAAAGUGACAGUGAGAGGCGGCUGUUGCGCUCAGAUAAAGCAGGACAAACAGCUCAGGGAUAACAUCUCCCCCUCCUCUCUCCCUCCGCACUUAUCCUCAGCAGGGGAUCCUGGUCUUAUCUGUAUCAUGCAGGUAGGUAGAUAUUCAUCCCCUGUCUCCCGGCUGGGACGAGGGUUUAUUCUCAGCUUGCGGCACAUGCUGCUCUGACGGUUACGACUGCAGGAUCCCCGAGAUCUGCAUUCCUGGACUGCUCCCUCCCCUUAGCCAGUUGGAAGCGAGGCGCUCGGAGGUGGCGGACGUGUGUAGCACCAGGGCUCGUCACCCCCUGCUUGGAGCCCAUUCUUCUCCCUGCGAAAAUGUCUCUGCUAUUGCAACAGCGCUGCAAAGUGCAAGGAGACAGGUGGAGUCCUGUUUCCACAGCAACCACAUCCUUUUAAGGAGAGGAGCAAUCUAACUCACACUGCAAAGGUCAGAAUUGUUCCAGGCGGAAUGGUGGAGCAGGACGGUGCCCAGAGCUGCAGAACCACGACCCGGGGACCGUAUUCCAUCCCUGGAAAAAGGGUGCAGGGAAUCCCACUUCUCUUCUCCCCCAGCCAUCGUCGUCAUGUCGGCAGGAAUCUUGAGCCGGUUAAUGAGCCCCUGCUGAGCCUUCUCCUUUGAUGGAUUAUUGUCUCCACAGUCGCCUCGGGCAGUUACAUACCUGUCUCAGUUGCUCCAAGGUGCUUCACCUCUCCUGCUUGCAGGGACUUCAUGCAACCCUGAUGCCUUGAUGUAUAGGGAUACACAGGAGAAUGCUGUGCCUGUGUGUCUAGAUAAUCCAUCAUCGCAACCCAACUACUGGAGCUUUAAGACAAGGAGUUCCCGACAUAACCAGAACUCUCAGCCUGGUCUUGCGGACCAAGCCGCCAAAUUGUCCUUUGCCUCUGCCGAAUCACUGGAGACCAUGUCGGAAGCUGAGUUGCCACUCGGAUUCAACAGGAUGAACCGAUUCCGUCAGAGUCUACCUCUCUCGCGCUCCACCAGCCAAACCAAACUGCGCUCACCAGGUGUCCUGUUUUUACAAUAUGGGGAUGAAACAAGGCGUGUGCAUAUCACCCAUGAAAUCACCAGCAUGGACACUCUACACGCACUCAUUGUGCACAUGUUCCAGCAGAAGCUCACCAUGGGAAUGCUUAAAUCCCAUAACACGGCCAUACUCAUUAAGGACGAGUCCCGCAAUGUCUUUUAUGAACUGGAGGAUGUCAGAGACAUCCAGGACAGAAGUAUUAUAAAGAUCUACAGGAAGGAGCCCCUUUAUUCCUCGUUUCCUGCUCCUCAUAUUACCAACGGGGAUGUGAGAGUAAGCGGAAAAGACCGCUGGUCAGACUGCUGUCAACGGCUUUGGCUGGGUCUGGGCUGGGGGCUGGAAAGAGAGAUGAUGUACAGCUCCAGAGAUUCCUCUCCAACAUGUCGUUUGAACACCAUGUCUCCUGCUUCCCAUUUGGCUUCAGGGUCUCCACCUCCUGUGCUCCAGUCCUCGUCCCCGGCUCGUUCUCGUAUGUCCUACAGUGGUGGAAGACCCCCCUCUUAUGCAGGCAGUCCAGUGCACCAUGGAGAGAGAAUAUCUGGUCUACCCCCUGCUCAGGGGGUCUCCCCCAGCCCUAGUGCCAUUUUGGAAAGAAGGGACGUCAAGCCAGACGAGGAUCUUACUAACAAGAAUGUGGUACUUGUGAAAAACGAGGGGCUUUAUGCAGAUCCCUAUGGAAUGGUUCAUGAAGGCAGACUUAGCAUUACUUCUACCCAGUCCCUUGCUGGUUUAGGAGACCCCUUCUCAUACCCUGGGGGGCUGUACAAGCGAGGGUCAGUGCGGUCACUAAGCACAUACUCAGCUGCUGGUCUUCAAACAGACCUAGAAGAUGGAAUGUAUAAACCUAACUCUCAUAUUUAUGGAGAAACCUAUGGGACUGGGCUGGGUUUCAGAAUGCCACCAUCUUCCCCACAAAAAGUAUCUGAUGGAAGGUUGGUAGAUGUCCAGCAGAGUCAGGGUCCACACAGUCCUUACUCAGGACCCUCCAGCCGAUCUUCUCCUGUACGUCAGACCUUUCGCAAAGACUCUUCCUCAUCAGUAUUCAUAGACAGUCCUGUUAGUAAGCAAAGAAACCACAGCUCUUCCUCCGGUAACAAUGAAAUAUUCCCAGGACCUGGUGAAAGACCUCUCUCUGGGUUUGGAUCUCCAGUUCCUGCUAAGGAUUCAGAAACAAGAGAUAGAAUGGAAGCAAUGGAGAAGCAGAUUGCCAGUCUAACAGGGCUUGUCCAGAGCGCUCUCAUGCGGGGAUCUGAUAGUGACAUUCCAGGUGAGAAGCCUGAGUCAGUUAAUGGGGGAGCAGCAAGUACAUCAGCUACUGGUCAGCAAUGUGCAGGGACCCCAUUGUCCACACCCACAGCGGGGUCCAGCAGCACCCCAGCAGACCAGAGCAAGGCCAUCAACCGCCUACACAUGCAACUGCACCUCCAAGAUCUCCAGCACAAUGCCAGUGAGCUGAGAAACCAACUGCAGCAACUGAAGAAACUGCAGCUCCAGAACCAAGAAGCAGUAAGGACCAUGCUGAAGCGGACUGAGACUGAAAUCAGCGUGAGAGUGACAGACUCCAUGCGCAAGCAAGAAGACCCAUUACAGAGACAGCGGGCGAUGGUGGAGGAGGAGAGGCUAAAAUAUCUGAAUGAGGAGGAACUCAUCACUCACCAGCUCAAUGACCUGGAAAAGUCGGUGGAGAAAAUAAAGAAGGAUCUGACGCACCACCGCCACCUGAUCUCCGUGCAGGAGCUGGAAGAGAAAGCGAUGGUCUUGAGGCAGCUUGGGGAGACACUGACUGAACUGAAAGCUCAGUUCCCAAGCCUACAGAGUAAAAUGCGUGUGGUUUUGCGCGUGGAGGUGGAAGCUGUGAAAUUCCUGAAGGAGGAGCCUCACCGUCUCGAUGGACUGUUGAAAAGAUGCAAGACUAUGACCGACACUCUUGCUCAUAUCCGCAAACAAUUAGAUGAAGGAGUUUGGAACACCCCAGAGAACCUACACAAUCAGUCCACAAAACAAAUUACAUCUGAUAGCAAUUUCCCAAAGAGCACAGUGUUUGAGCUGCCAUCCAGCCCUCCAACCAACUUCCAUGAAGCUCAAAGCCAAAGCUGGGAGUCCAUGUGUCACAGCGAAGGCACCAACAUCAACCCCACUAAGGGGGAGAUGGUGACUGUGAAGACCCAGACUGUCCCGGAGACACAGAGCAAGAGGGUUGGAGCAGAGAAAUCGGUGUCAGUGGAGGCAGCCGAACGAGACUGGGAGGAGAAGCGAGCGGCACUGACUCAGUACAGUGCCAAGGAUAUCAAUCGUCUACUGGAAGAAACCCAGGCAGAGUUAAUGAAAGCUAUACCUGACCUGGACUUUGCAGCCAAACACAAAACUACCGGAAGUGCACCCUCCACCCCAGAACACAGAAUCAGCAAACCGCAACCGGCACAGAAGCUCAUCACCAAGAUAGACCCCAAUGGGCGGAGAGGCUCUGACGAGCUGACAGUGCCCAGGUACCGCACAGAGAAGCCAUCAAAAUCACCUCCACCCCCUCCUCCACGUCGCAGCUUCCCUUCUUCCCACGGACUCACCACCACUAGGACAGGAGAAGUGAUUGUCACCAGCAAGAAGGAGGCAGGACUUAUCAAGAAGUCAGAAUCUGAAGAACUGGAGACCCAAAAGCCUCAGGUGAAGCUGCGCCGGACUGUGUCAGAAGUUGUCCGCCCUGCCUCUACCCCACCAAUCAUUGCCUCUGGUAUUAAGGAUGAUGAUGACGAAGAUAGGAUUAUUGCAGAACUGGAGGUGUUUCAGAGAAGCUCUGGCUCCCUGUUUAUCCCUCAUUUCCAUGGUGACCACACAUCCCAAGUGUUGCCACAUCCAGCACAUCUGUGGUCUAAUGGGGCCACAGUAACUUCCAGAGGAUGGCAGGCUGCAGAAUCUGAUCAGACAGAUCAAGGACCACAGAGCACAAUGGCCACAUCCCACCGACGUUCCUCAGCUCAUAAUCUCCAGGAAUUGUCUGUCCCUCCUUCAGUCAACAGAAAGUUCUCUCUUCCUCAGAUAAUCCUCACAGAAUGGACUUCCAACCCACCUUCGCCUACAAAUGAGGGUGAUGGCCUUUCUAAUAAGGCUGAUUCUUGGACAGCAGGAAAUUGUAACUCAUUAGUGGAAACAGAGACUAAUCGAAUGAGUCCAAGUUACUUAGGGUCCAAGGAUUUAUCUGCUGGGUUUCAUUUGAGCAAUUUAGCUUCAGACACUCACAUGUCUGUCUCAGAUUCUGGCUUAAAUCUUAAAGGACCAGAAGAGGGUCUUCAUGAGAUGUCUCACAAGGACAGCAAGACUGAGGAGAGAGAAGAAAUUAUAGGUUUUAUUAUAAUAAAUGACAAUAUUGUGUCUUUAACCACUGAAGAUAAGAAUAAACUGAUGAAAAGUGGUGAGGUAAAUGAUAUGACUGUAAAACAUAUUGGGGAAGUCAAUGGAAACAUUUUAGCGGAGCAACUGGAUGACAAGGCAGAUGGCAAGCCUGUCCUUGUACUCUUUGAAAAACCAGUGGUGCUUGAAGAAACUUACAAAGGAUUAUGGAACCUAACAAGGUCCUGGCAACCUUCUGAAGGAUAUGCAGAGGUUCAGCACACACUGGUGACUUCAGAACUGACAAAAGAUGAAUUUGAUGAGAGCGUGGCUCAAAUGCAAUCAUUUCAAGAGCCCAUAGAGAUAAAUAAUGAGGAGCUCCAAAGAAUGACAAAGCCAUUUGUCCCAGUGCCAAGACCGAGACACAUUCAAGGAAAAGACUCAAAAUGUCAAAGCCCCAAGCUCAAUAGCAUAGACCUAUCAAAGGUAAACAACAAGGCAUUGCUGGAAGACUUUCACUCAGGUUCAAAGUUGAGAGUUAUUGACGUUCAGAAAAUGAUACAUUCUGCAUCAGAAAACACAGGCCACUCCCAUAUUAUUCCAAUGCAAGAACAGGACAGGUUGGCAACAGAUGGAAGUUGUGUGGAAUGGAGAAGCAUGGACAUAUGCAGGAGCACCUACAAGAGGUUGGACAGUCUGGAGGAAAGCAUCAGAGAGCUUGAGCUCACCAUAAAUGAAAUUGGCGUACAGCAGCCUAUGGAGUUUACACAACAUGCAUCUGCUGAGUGUCGUCAACAGUCUUAUGAGCCUCAAAAGGAGACAGGGAAAGGUCAACCAAAUAUGCAGAGUGGGAACGAACCUCUUCAGGCUUUACCAAGAGCAGAAGAUGGAAUACAAGUUAGCUCUCCAAUCAGAACUAAACCUCCAUUGCUGCCCAAGCCUCAGAUCCCUAAGAGUGGAGGUGUAUCUAUUCCUCCCAUGAAGAUGGUAAACCCAGUGGGUUCCCGGCUUAAAGGCACCCAGCAGACCAGCGGAGACAAGAGUAACAAGCACUCCAAGCAGAGGAUGGAGUACAUGAGGAUCCAGGGCCACCAGCAGGCUGCUAGACAAUCUAAAGAUGCUGCUGGUGUGAAUGAGACUAACCAGGGUUCCGAUAAAUCUGCACCUUCUCGAACCUCUAUUCCUGUACUUACCUCUUUUGGUACAAGGAACUCCUCUAUAUCCUUCUAAGAUGAAAACAACUUUAUACUAACUCUCAUCCAGUUCCUCCUUCCUACUCCUUGAACUGUGGACAGUGUCCAAGGUAGCCAGAUUAUUCUGAUCCAAGGCCCAUCCUCAUCUCUUUUUUUUCUGCAUUUAUCAGCAGUGAAAAAUCUGAUAACCAAAGGGCUGGACACAUGGAAUGGAGAAAGAAAGACUUUAUAGGGGACCACCAAUGCGUUCCACUGUGCUCUUAUAUCUCCCCAGGCCUGACUGUUACCAAACCUGCAGCUACUCAACGUUCCAGAUGUACAUAGGAAUCUCCGGAAGCUAUGGCUUUACACAAUGUCACUUAGUUUUUAUUUCAGCUAUUUAUUCUCAGUCCUGUGAAAGUCUGGAGGUGUCAGAAUGAUCUUUUAUGUGAGUCACGUUGUUAGCAAUAAGCAAAAAACCCCUCCCUAAGGGUAGAUGGAGGUUCUCCUCUACACCCUACGCUCAUUUGUCUUUGGUGGUAGCACAAGUGCUUAGCGCUGACUGUCAGUUGCAAUUUCCCUUCUUUGCCUGGGGGGAAGUACCGAGGGGAAGGAAGGAAGGACGGAAGCGGUGACUUCUGUGUUACUAGACAUAUGGUAUUAAAUGAUCGCUCAUAGAGUGAGAAAUGCCAAGACCGGUGAUGUGAUGAUCUGUCCCGGACAGUUACCCCAGUCAAGCAAUAUGUGUCCUCUGCACAUGGACAGGACUACAUGGCACAAUUUCAUGGCUUUCCUGGAGACUUUACUAAUCAGGACAUGGGUCUUGGAAGAAGCUGGAAAUCAGCUUUGCAGGGUGGAUUUUCCUUGCACAUACUCCUGUUUGUUCAGGAGAGAGAAUGGUGACCCACUCUUGUAAUAUUGUAUAAUAUAAGCACAGAUUCUAGUAACACUAUAUCCGUGAUGUGUGUGUGUGUGUGCAAACUGUGUGUCAGCGAAUGGGAGAGUUCUGGAGAGCAAAAAUAUCACUGGGAAUUACUUUGCUUCUGUCUGUCCAUCCUCUCAACUCUUUCCGCUAAUAAUCCAAUUUUUUUUUUUUGUAAACGAAUCCAUUUUUGUACAGACAGAGGCUGAGUUUAUAUAAAGGAAAUAAUAAACAAAACCCGCACUGUCAUUAUUCUGAAUUGCAAAGGAGCUCUUUACAUUCAGUCAAGUGUCUUACAUUUUCUAUUGAUUUAUGAAACUAUAUAUAUACAUAUUAUAUAUAUCGAAUAAAUGCCUAAUAUAAAUAUAUAUAUAUAAAAUAUAUACCUAAAGAAUUCUUUCCUUGCCUGGUGUGAAUGGGGAGGUGUGAAUGGAGAGUUUUCGUUUUUUUAAUUUAGUCGGUACAUUUCGCCGUGGUGGCUGUGAGCGCUUACGUUGUAUUGGGCGGCUUGACUAUAGAUAGGGCUUGUGUUGUUCUGUUGCUCCAGAUCCAGUUCAGAGAGAAGAACCUGACUCUUCUUUUAAUGAGCAGAAGUAGAUUAUGAUAUAUUUAAUCUGGCAUUGUGAUUGGCCCUUGCACAGUGAAUUACAAGCAGCCAAUAGCUCAUGUGUAUUUCUGCCUUGUCAUCCCCAAUGUUCGUCCCACAAAAGAAUAUGCAUGAGCCUUAUGCGUCGGUUCUGUUGCACUGGGAUAAUGGCUCUGCGGGGGCGGGACAAUACUCAAUAUUGAGUAACCAGUCAUUUGGACAUCCAAUGAGCUAUUGUCUUUGCUUUUCAGCUUCAGAAGCCUUUGCCCUUGAACCUCUUCCUUGGUUUCUGUGUUCGAUUGAUCUACUGCAGUUUCUUGGUGAUGGGACCCACAUGAUUAGAUGCUUGGCUGUACCUCUCUACUGUAGUUGCAGCCGAUAUAAAUGCAAGGACAAAGUCUGUAGCAAGCAGCAAUUAUCCAUAAGCCUUCAGUAAAGAAAAGUAUUAAGUACUCAGUCGAGAAGCUACAGUUGGCUGGGUAAUGUACGUCAUCACUAGGCUCUGUGCAAAGGAUAUGCACCUCUUCAUUAUAGGUCUUCUUUAUCUUUGUAUUUUAACCUAAAUGAGAAUCACAGCAUCCAUGGACAUUACUAACCAUGCUUUUAGCAGCUACAUUUGGCUGAAAAUGAAGCUUGCGAAUAAAGGAACCUUUCUCUAGUCAAUUCUGAGCAAAGAGCCAUCACAAGAUGUUCCUUUUCUAAGCAGCACUAAUUUUCAGCCAAAUACACGGCAAGAGGCGCCGUUGUUUCAAUUUCAUAUCUGCAGCGUAAAAACGGCUAAUAUCUUAAAAACUAGAAAAGAAAUCAUGUCAAUGGUGCCGCUAACAAACAUUCGUAUGUUUUAAAGGUUUACAUUUCCGGGUGGCCAGGCACUGGAUCAUAUAAGCUGCCAACUUGGCCCCUAUAGACCAGGUUGACAACUUAUUGCCCCUUGCCUCUCCAGAUGGCCAACUUGACCAAAAUCUGUCUGAAAAUUAGCCUGAUAUCUACUUGAAAAACCUGUCGAGUGAGGAACCCAUCUGCUGGUUGAUGUGGUCCUUACCCAAUGGAUCUAAAAAGGCCCACAGUAGAGAUCCACUCAUUUGGCAACUUGUUAUGGGAAGUUUAACAGGAAGGAACCUCGAAAUGUCCUCACUCUUUAGUCAUUGGGGGAAAGUGCCACCAUGUGGGGCAAUAACCUCAUGCACAAAGCAAUUAGAUUUAUAUGUACCCAACAGCCCUUCAGUAGAGAGGAACAAGCUCAACCAAAACUUUGACCUCUAAAACAAGUCAGGGUGCUCCUCACGUGUGUGUGUGUGAGUGAGGGGGUGCAUGUGUGUAUGAUUACCUCCAUUUUGUGGUGUAUUACACUGUAAUGUUGCUCUUACCCAACUUUUUGAGGUCACCCAAGUUCCAACAGUGAGAGCAGGAAGGGUGCAGACUCUACCGAUCACCAUAGUUACCCCGUUGAAACAAAGGGGAAGCAAACAAAACUUAUAUUCAACACCCCACCCCCCGAUGAUGAUGUCGUUGUGUGUAUGAUGACUGCGCAUGUGGGCACAUGGACUUUGCAUGAAAAAAAAAAAAAAUUAGCAAUAUUGUCUCUAUGUUGUUUAAAAAAAAUCUAUUAAAAA